GCGCAUAUCCUCCUGCCACAAUGCAGAUCUUCGUUAAGACUCUCACUGGAAAGACCAUCACUCUUGAGGUUGAGUCUUCCGACACCAUCGAUAAUGUCAAGGCCAAGAUUCAGGACAAGGAGGGCAUUCCUCCCGACCAGCAGCGCCUGAUCUUCGCGGGCAAGCAGCUCGAAGAUGGUCGCACCCUGUCUGAUUACAACAUCCAGAAGGAGUCCACCCUCCACCUCGUGCUCCGUCUCCGUGGUGGUAUGCAGAUCUUCGUCAAGACCCUCACGGGCAAGACGAUCACGCUCGAGGUCGAGUCCUCCGAUACCAUCGACAACGUCAAGGCGAAGAUCCAAGACAAGGAGGGCAUCCCCCCCGACCAGCAGCGUCUAAUCUUCGCCGGCAAGCAGCUUGAGGACGGUCGCACUCUUUCCGACUACAACAUCCAAAAAGAGUCGACUCUCCACCUUGUUCUCCGUCUCCGCGGUGGUAUGCAAAUCUUUGUCAAGACGUUGACCGGGAAGACCAUCACGCUCGAGGUUGAGUCUUCGGACACGAUUGACAACGUCAAGGCAAAGAUCCAGGACAAGGAGGGCAUUCCUCCAGAUCAGCAGCGCCUCAUCUUUGCUGGAAAGCAACUUGAGGAUGGUCGCACGUUGUCCGAUUACAACAUCCAGAAGGAGUCUACUCUUCACCUCGUCCUUCGUCUUCGUGGCGGCAUGCAGAUUUUCGUGAAGACACUCACGGGCAAGACCAUCACGCUGGAAGUGGAGUCUUCUGACACCAUCGACAACGUGAAGGCGAAGAUUCAGGAUAAGGAGGGCAUACCCCCCGACCAGCAACGCCUGAUCUUUGCGGGCAAGCAGCUCGAGGAUGGCCGUACGCUUUCGGAUUACAACAUCCAGAAGGAGUCGACACUCCACCUUGUCUUGCGUCUUCGCGGAGGCAUGCAGAUCUUCGUCAAGACCCUCACGGGUAAGACGAUCACGCUGGAGGUCGAGUCUUCAGACACCAUCGACAAUGUGAAGGCGAAGAUCCAGGACAAGGAGGGUAUCCCGCCUGACCAGCAACGUCUCAUCUUCGCCGGAAAGCAGUUGGAGGACGGUCGCACGCUCUCCGACUACAACAUCCAGAAGGAGAGCACGCUCCAUCUCGUCCUCCGUCUUCGUGGUGGCAACUGA